ACACACCUAGCGCGGCGAAGUUAGUGGGGGCUCUCGACGAGGAGUCGCGCUCUCUCUCUCUCACCCUCUCUUUCGGUCUCUCUCUCGGCGAGCACGGUCGCCUCGCUCGCCACAUCAGUCCCAACACGGCGUCGGGCGGCGAUAGAUCGCGUAUCGUCGAUCUGGGCGUCGAUUUCUGCGCGAUCGACCUCCUUCGGUCGGGGGAUCUCGAUCGGCGACUCGCGCUGCUCACCGGCCAGGUUUUAAGCCGGUGAGCGAGCGACACCUCCCAUUAGUUCCGCUCGGCGCCGCGCGCACCGGCGCGUCGCUGCGCUUCGGUCGGGUCCCGAGGGAAGCGACGACGCCACUCUGAGCGGGAUUACCUAAUCCAGGGCCGGCGACCAGCGCGACGCACGCGGCAACCUUCAGGAGAUGCGCCCAAAGCCGCGGUGCCGCUGAGUCCCGUCCGUCUGAACUUGUACGUUAAUCGGCCGAAAAAUGUGGACUACCCGGCCAUGGGCGGUGACAACGUUGGCGGUGUUCCUUUCCCUGCAAUGUUUUCCCAUACAACUGUCAAACGGCCUCUGCAAUUUGGAAAACAGUACUGCCAUUGCACGCUGUCACGACCUGCAGGAUGUAAAGUACAUCGACACAUACGGCCUGGAGACCUUGAAGACUUCGUUCGCAGACAAGAGACUGAAGUCCGGUUUCUUUACCAGACUGAAAAGUCUGAAGAGCCUGGACCUAUCAGACGGGGAGCUGAAGCACAUCGAGCCAGGGAGUUUCGCAAAGCUCUCGAAAUUGCAGACAUUAAGUCUGGCAGACAACAACAUCGAGAACCUAGAAUUGGGUACAUUUGCGGGUCUCCGUAAUCUCCAGAGUCUGGACCUUCGAAGGAACCAGAUAAGCCAGCUACCACCAGUCUUGAUCACCCUAAAAAACCUGCGCAACCUUGAGAUUUCCGGAAACCCUUUGGACUGCAACUGUGCAACGAUGCGAGUGAGAGACCUCCUCCAAGAGGCUGGUGUCAAGAUGUCCAAAAGAUCCUUUUGUGCCAGUCCACCUAAGCUGAAGAGCGCUGCAUUUCUUAAACAAGAUACCCACGCGAUCUGCACCCUAGAGGAGCAGGACAACGAGAUGCAGGGCGAUCAACCAGCGGUAGAGCCUGAAGGGUCUGGAGAUCAGGGAUCAGGCGACGUCCUUGACCAGUUGUCGAAGGAGUUCGAAGAGGACGACGAGGAAGAGGGGUUUGACGAACUCCUGGAGACCCCGGCUCCGUCAACCAGCACCUUGGCACCAGUUCCUGAAACUGCAGCCACAACCAGUGACGCCACAAUUGCAACAUCCGCAGCUGCGCCGAGUAGCACCACAACAAAUGACCAGAUACCGACGAAGACUGCUGUUGACGAUGAGAUUUUCUUCGAGUCCGAAGAAGCCAAUCCUUCCACGCCCGUGCAAAGUUCUCCCACGACAACUACGACAACAACCACAGCUACGAUUCCGAAAACCAAGUCCCAAAGUCCAGGUGGAUUCAGGGAUGAGUUGAUCGUGCCCAUCGAGGGAUCAGGCGACGGAGGAAGAACAUGGUUUGGUGUAGACGAGGAUGCUGAUCUUGACUCUGGUUCUGGCUCCGGGUCCAGUCCGUUUAACGAAGGUUCUGGUUCCUUCGACUGGGCCGUUGAACCCGAAAGCGGUGCUGGUGAUAAGACCACAACUAGCACUAGCCUCUUGGACUUACUGUUCGGAGCUCUGUGGAGCACUGCAGCUCCCAACAUCGAAGAAGGGAAAGAUCUGGACCUAGCGGAAGAAGAAUUCAUUCACGUUACUCCAGAAAAGGAACUGGGAACUACCAAAGCAACGACACCCAUAGAGUCCGUCACUCAGUUGACCCCAGCAACGACUAAGCCUACUAAGGCAGCCUUUACACCCAUAAUCGUGGACUCGUCCACGAGGAGAGCCAAUCUUGUCGAGAGUCCCCAUGGAACCGACCAGAUUGACGUCAGGAUCGGCAACGAAGAGAUGACCGACGUCGCUCCAUCUCACCAACCGAAGAAAGGAAUGGGAUCAUACGUGGUUCUUGGUGCACUUCUGGCAAUAGUGGCAGGGCUGAUCGGUUUUGCGGCGUACAAGGGAGACUUUUGCAGGAAAAAGCGAAAGAGGAACGACCCUGAGAACGGAGGUACCGAGAUGAAGGACAUGAGAACAGCUCUUCUUGAUGGUAACGGCACGAUGCCUCCCAAAAUCGCAGCUAAUGGGAACCCUGAGAGUGCUCCACUAGUGAAGUCUAACCUCGACAAGGAGAGAGAGUCUGAAGAACCGGUAAUGAGACACCCAAAGAACGCCGACGUGGACUCUGGGGAUCCCGUCAAACCUCCUCGAAAAUCUCUAAGCGCACAGAGAGAAGAACCUGCUGUUAAUCUGGCGGAUGUUGCAGCGAAUGGAGGCUCGCUUGAUGAAAAGAGGGCCAGCUCUCCAUAUUUAUCUGCAUCCGACAUUGGAUCAGUGUCGCCAGUAACACCGGUGCACUCGUCGAAUGAUCCUCCUUUGACGCCUGGGGCUCAUAGAGUUAAAAUAGUCCUUCAGGAGAAUCCAGACAGUGUACCGAAGACGCCUAUACUCAUCACCAGGACGAAGGCUGGAGAGAAUCUAGUCAUGGCACCCUAAGACACGGACUGAUCCGACACGAUAGGGAAACUAGUGAAGGAACCAGACUGCUGGUUCUCCUCUACCCUUUAGACGAGUUUAGCUCGUUAGGGACUACUAAAUCCUGCGAAACAGGCCAUUCUUGAUGGUAAUCAUUAUCGACGAACUUACUAUAUCGUGUCUAGUUCCCAUCAACGUCGGUCGUUGAUCAGACACAGACUCAUAACGAGAGAUGAAGUGGGAGCCGAAAUGCUCCGUUGAUUCAUCAUCAGCAAGUGCUGAGUCCCUACAUAAGAUUUGGACGAACCUCUUGCCCAGCAUUUUCUAAUCCCCCAGCAUCUUCAGCAGCAGUCAUGGUUCAAGGACCAACUCCCGAGUCACCAUGAGUCCCAUAUCUCAAUCUACGUCAUUAUCUAGACGAACUUAUCGGAGAAACAAUCACAAGAUCAUGUAUACCCCCCGUCAGUAUUGGGACAUGAACUCACAAACAACCCAGUGAACGUAACAAGAUGCUUACAAGAUGGGAGCUCAUAGGGAACAUUCUGAUUUCGCUUCGAUCCCAAUUAUGCAGGGCAAGCAGACUCGAAUUAGAGCUUCCACCACUAGGAAUAGAUCAUCUGAGAUAGCGAUCAAACGAAUUCAGCGAGAAGAAACGGUGAGGGAACCAGAACGCACACUUCCGUCGAUGAUCAUCAUCCGUAAGGAGCCGAGCUCGCUGGUGGUGAAGCGGCUGUGAUGGAUUCGGUUGAUCAGGCGUUCCUCCACGUUGUUAACUGGCAGUCUGAUAUGUUGUUGGGUCGUAACCGUUGCCGAAGAAGACCACCGAGUCCCAUUAAGUUCGGUGCACCGAUCUGGGUCGUUGCCGCAUCGUUGCAGCUGCGCGAGAAGGUGUCCCUCGAAUUCGAUCGAUCAGCAGGGAACCCUGAGGUGCGCACGCCCUCUUCUGCACGCGGUUGCAUGGCUGAGACACCAAACUCCUCUCCCCAAAGACCGACCAUCCAGCGACGCAGCUAUUGUUAAUCGUUAAUAUUUAUUUUAUACGUCCAGAGUAACGGCGAUUUCCAAGACGGAGUCACUUGUCCAUCAGCUGGUAGACCGUACUCCAAAAGACGAGUUAGGGUACUUCCACCUGACUCCUGUAUCGCCAGCCAGCUACACUUUGUGUAGCACAUCAUCAACAAUGGAAGCACAGAGAAAGUACCUACCUUCCAUUCCGUGCUAGUUGGUAAUAAACCGUGAAUAUGCACCGAGAAAUAGGAAUACUUGACUGAAACAAAUGUGUGUCGUUGCCUGAGUCAUAUAUCAUUGCAAGACGGCUGCAAGUAGAAUUGAUGUCGCGACAAGAGGAGUUGCUUUACUCUAUCUGACACCUCUUUGGACAUAUUUGAUCGCGGGAUUUUGUUGUGGCAAUGCACAUUUCUUUGAGUUAAUGAAUCUUUCUUCUCAGUGUGGGUCGAGAAGGCGCGUUAAGGGCUUGUUGUGUGUUAAGUGAAUUCUUUCUUGGAACUCGGAACUCUUUGUAAAUAUAUUUCCCGGCGAAUGGUGUACCGAUGGAGAGAUGCGUCUUUAUUUUGCGUUACGGCAGAAGGAAUCCUGUCUUUCUAUCAGUGCCAGGAGGAUUGUUUUCGGAGGGAGUCUAUUGUGCUGUGAGGAGAGUCCAGGGGGGCAAGUCUUCUGGAUGGGUCCAGAAAAAGACGAGCCGUUUGUGCAAUUUUCUACCAUUCGGGCAGUAUUGCUCUGUCCUUUCUUUAUGCUUGCCUCGUUUGAAAAAGGGCCACCGACCAUAGAACAUGAGGAGGACCUUGUAAUCUUAGGCGGUAAUAGGAGUUAAACUGAUGUUUUAUUUGCGCUGAGGACCUCCGAUAAUGGCGACUGAUUAUCGGCGGUCCUCUGGGUCCCACUGCUAAUCUUGACUCUUAACUACUAUAAUCGCGAAAUUACAGGAGAUCUACGGACGCAUGGGUCUAGUGGAGGCCGCGGUAUAGUAGUUAAUGUUUAGUGCCUACUUCUACAGGGAAACUUAGGCGCGAGACACGUGUUACGUGAAAAUGGCGCUUGUAUGAAGAUAAGCAUGGAAAUACGAUUAACUUUACCGACUCCGCGGAAACUGGAGUGCGAUUGUUCUAGGGAUGAUCCCGGUUCUUAAAGUUCCUUCGCUCUUGCUGCGACUCGGUUUUCUAACCCCCUCUGUCCCGAGUGUCCAGGUUGUUCCAAAAAUAGGGAUACAACACGCUUUGUGCAGAACAUUCCCGUCGAAGACGCUCUUAGGGUGGAUGGAGGGCCACUUCGAAUCAAACUCGACACCUUUGGGUUCAGCGGAACCAAAGGCACAAUUUCCUUUGUACACUCAAUCUUUAAUAAACGUAAUGAUAGAGUAA